AUGAUAUUCGAAGGAUACUUGUUCGACGAGGGUACGGCCGUUUACACUUGGUGGUCUGACUGGAACAAGGCUUACAUGCGUGAACUGAAACAAUUUGUUCAAUAUGCUGCGAACUCCGGAAUGCACUGGCCUACGUUGCUUAGCAUCCGUGUGAAUCCAGUUCAUGGAUUUAUCAAUUUGUUUGCGCGAAUUCACUUGGUAUUCGAUCCGACACUAGGAGACGAUACAAGGGGUAUACCGGAACAGGAUGCAGUCACAAGACAACUAAAUGUUUUUGCCGACACUUAUGAUAAACCGGUCAAGCUGGCUGAUUUUCAUGCUUUGAAUGACAGCACUUGGAAUGAAGAGAGCACGACUACGGGAGAAACCGCAGAAGACGGAAAUGAAAUCGUGGAGACAGAUGUCAAUCAACAUGAGCAUAGUACCCAUGGAGAACAGCCCGAUCAAUUACCAGAGUCCCCUGAGGGAUCGACAAUCAAAAUUGCCACUGCUUUUGAAAUGGUUCUGAAAUUGUCAGCUAAUGACUUGGCUGAAACCUUAACGGAAGAAGCACAACCAUAUGCGGUUUUGGAUCCAAUAUGUUACCACUUGGUCCUAGCAACCGGAACAAUUGCGGAUGGUAUUCUUGCGGACAAACUGCUUGGGUGUAAGAGCAGCCGCGGUACAGAUGGAUCCAUCCGGUUGAUGGUAUAUGUAAACACUGGUUUGAGCGAUUCCAAGACGGACUCCGCGACCGAAUGUAUUCGCGACGGUUGGGCAGUAUUACUUGAGCAAUGGAAACUUGUGGUGAUGGAACACUUCAAUCUGGGCUCAAACUCGUUUGAACUGCGCCGUGAGUUAUUGGACUAUUGUAUAGUGUCACCCGUUAACCUUGUGAGGAGUGGGUUAUCAUUCACAAUACAGAAAACAAAAUGA